UAGAAGAAUUCAGGAAAAGAAAGAAAAAACCUUCUUUCAAGCUUUUUCGUUUUCGAGUAGCGAACCUUCUAUGCACGCGUUUAAAGAGACCUUCGCACGUGCUCACACGACUGAGAUAUGGUAUAGUCCGUUAUGUGCACGUGUCUGCCCAGCCCCCAAGGUUUAGUCCAGGUGUUAAUGUCUCUAGCUACUCAUCUCCUUCCUUCCCCGGGCCUGUUUUUAAUUUUUAUUCUUUUCUCUCGUUUCAUUUACUUCACUUCCUCAGUCAAACUAUACAAACAAAAAAUCAAAACGAAGUCGUCUUCCUACCAUCCAACCCGAAUUUCACGUCACGAUUAAGGGAAUUCUUUUUUAUUUUUCUCAAAAAUAAUUAUAUAUAUUAAUUAUCUAGCUAUAACCCUUGAAAUUCACCGACGACGUUUUGAUGCAGUGAGAGAAAAGCUUCCACAAGUCAACUUCCAUGGAGAUGGAAAAGUCUAAGAAUUUCACAUAUAUGGGAAGGACUUUCAGUGAUCUGAGCGUCGGUGACAAUUCCGCUGCUUUCAGCGACUGUAACAGCGACCGAUCCGGCGAGUUUCCGACAACUUCGACUCACAGCCGCCGGCUACUGCUUGCUUGCGCCUCCGAUAACUCGGAUGAGCUAAUUCAUCAACUCGUCUCCGACCUCCAGUCCUGUUCGAUUGAGGAGCAGAAGCAAGCCGCCAUGGAGAUCAGACUCCUUGCAAAGAACAAAUCAGAAAAUCGCCUUAAGAUCGCAAAAGCCGGUGCUGUGAAGCCGUUGAUUUCGCUCUUGUCCUCUUCCGAUCUCCAGCUCCAGGAAUACGGAGUCACGGCGAUUUUGAAUCUUUCGUUAUGCGAUGAGAACAAGGAGCUUAUUGCUUCAUCGGGAGCGAUUAAGCCUCUAGUUCGAGCACUCAGGAUCGGAAAUUCGACGGCGAAGGAGAACGCCGCUUGUGCUCUGCUUCGCCUUUCACAAGUUGAGGAGAACAAAAUGGCAAUCGGACGGUCGGGAGCGAUUCCACUGUUAGUGAAUCUUCUCGAGAACGGUGGAUUUCGUGGAAAGAAAGACGCAUCGACGGCUCUGUACACGUUGUGUUCUGUAAAAGAAAACAAAAUCAAGGCCGUACACGCGGGAAUCAUGAAGCCACUGGUAGAAUUGAUGGCGGAUUUCGGGUCGAACAUGGUAGACAAAUCAGCAUACGUAUUGAGCUUAUUGGUAUCGGUACCGGAGGCGAGAACAGCGCUGGUAGACGAAGGAGGAAUUCCGGUACUGGUGGAGAUAAUAGAGGUUGGGUCCCAGAGGCAGAAAGAGAUUGCGGUGGCGAUCUUGUUACAGAUUUGCGAAGAUAGUGUGGCCUACCGUACUAUGGUGGCCCGCGAAGGAGCAAUUCCCCCUUUAGUCGCUUUGUCUCAGUCUGGCACCAAUCGCGCUAAGCAAAAGGCAGAGACACUGAUAGAGUUUCUACGACAACCAAGAUCCGGCAACGCCGCAGCCAGAGGGUCGGACGUGUCAGCUUGAGUGCCCUCACUACUUCUCAAUGUUAUCAUGUCCAUUUGUCCAUGUAAUCCAGACAGUCAAUCCAACACUGAAAGUCUGAAUCAGUGUUAUUUGUAUUUAUUUUUUCAAACUAAAACAAGAAGAAACGACAACUUGUAAAUAUUUAUGUAAUACACGAGGUUUGUAAAAUUUGUGAUGAAAUGGAUUUUGAUUUUCGA